GCCUCUUUCUCUUGCCCUGUUCUCCUUCCAGCGAAGGCAGCAACCUCACACCCGCCCAUCACUAUCCCGACUUCCGAUUCAAAACCUACGCGCCUGUGGCUUUUCGAUAUUUCCGAGAGCUUUUCGGCAUUCGCCCGGACGAUUAUUUGUAUUCCUUGUGCAACGAACCUCUCAUUGAGCUGUCCAACCCGGGGGCCAGCGGCUCCCUCUUCUACGUCACGAGCGACGACGAGUUCAUCAUCAAGACCGUGAUGCACAAAGAGGCAGAAUUCCUUCAGAAGCUCCUCCCAGGAUAUUACAUGAACUUGAACCAGAAUCCGCGGACGCUGCUGCCCAAGUUCUACGGCCUCUAUUGCGUUCAGUCCGGAGGCAAGAACAUCCGGGUCGUGGUGAUGAACAACAUCCUUCCCCGGGUGGUGAAGAUGCACCUGAAAUACGACCUGAAGGGCUCCACCUAUAAGCGCCGGGCGUCCAAGAAGGAGAAGGAGAAGUCUAGCCCCACCUACAAGGAUCUGGAUUUCAUGCAGGACAUGCCAGAAGGCAUCAUGCUGGAUACAGAUACCUUCAGCGCUCUGGUGAAAACCUUGCAGAGGGACUGCUUGGUGCUUGAAAGCUUCAAAAUCAUGGACUACAGCCUGCUCCUGGGCGUCCAUAAUAUCGACCAGCUGGAACGGGAACGGCAGGCUGACGGAGCCCAGAGUGUCUCCGACGAGAAGCGGCCUGUGGGCCAGAAGGCUUCUGUACUCCACCAAAUGGAGUCUAUCCAGGGCGGGGCGGCCCGGGGAGAGGCUUACAUCGAGACAGACGACACGAUGGGCGGCAUUCCAGCCGUAAACGGCAAAGGGGAGCGCUUGCUUUUGCACGUGGGCAUCAUAGACAUACUCCAGUCCUACAGGUUUAUCAAGAAGCUGGAACAUACGUGGAAGGCGCUCGUUCACGAUGGGGUAAGUUGUAGGCGAACACCAAACCAGGCAGAAUUGUUGAGGGGCUGGACAGCGCCCGUAUCCUUUGGGGCCUCUUCGGCUUCUCGGAAUCGGGUUCUGCCACGCACGCAAAUCUUGCGCGUCCUUUGA